GCAACGGCAUUGCGAGAGCAAAUAUAGCAUUGUUAGGCCCUGCUUUAGUCUGGCGGCUCUUCUUCCCAGUACAUGUGUCCGCGGCGGCCGCGCAGCCCUGCAUAGAGCCUUGUUUGCUGUCUACGUAGCCUACAUGCGCUCGUAUAGCAUACUGUAGUAAUUCCACACGCCCACGUAGCCGUCACCGUACCCCUCCGCCUGUCCCAGCCCACUGGUGCCCUCAAUAAUGGGUGACAAGAAGAAGUCGAGCCACCGGCUCUCGAGCCUGUUCUCCCUGGGCAGCUCGUCGGAGCCCCCUCAGCAGAGCCAGUCUGCGGCUUCGUCGGAAUCCAGCGGCCGCCUCACCAAAGUCAAGAACCGCAUCUCCUCGGCGGCAUCCACGUCGACACAGCAGUCUGCCACGCACCUCACAGCGCCCGAAUACCCGCCUCCGCCGCCGCCGCACCGCCGCCCGUCGCCUCCCGACCAGCUGACGAUCCAGCCUGUGGGCCCGCCAGCAUUCGAGCCCCUCGAGCCCCCUCCACUCCUCGAUGCCCCGUCGCGCAGCUCGUCCCCUGGCGGCGUUGGCAGCCGGCCCGGGACACCCAACCUGGAAGUGGGCAACGAGGGGAAGCUGAAGAAGCUGAGGCGGAAGAGCGGGCUCUUUGGAGGGAACAACAGCAGCUUGACCGACGUCAGCCGCAGUGCUGCGAAUGACAAUCCGCUUGCGUGGAUCAUUGGGCACAAGGGCAAGGUGCCGUACAAUCUGACGAUGCUGUUGAACGGCGAGAAGGUUCCUGAACUCUGGGACAACGAUGGAGAUACCCUGGUGUACCUCUUCCCGCGCAACUCGGGCAAGGGGCCGUCUUUCCGCAUCGACUCGUCGGUGUACGCAGCCUCGCAGCUGCUCACCCGCCUCGUACACGGAUCGCUGUACAGCGACGACGUCGCCGCCGAGGUCCCCUCUCAAUCCUCGGCCACUGGCGUGACGGAAUCCAGCCAGGAGCAGUCGCGCUCUGCGUCUCCGGACCCGGACCAGAGCCAGAUUGACGGCUCCGACGGCUCCAAGGGCUCGAGAGCGCUCAGUGAUGCGACCGACGAUGACCACACCGAGAAGCACAUGUACAUGCCAAUCGCGCUGAGCUCCGACGACGCCGUCACUCCACGGGAGCCUCGCCUCAGUCAGAAGGACAUCGACACUUUGGUGACGUACCGCAACUUCUUCGCCUUCUUGAUCGGCCAGUCGCUCGUCGCUACGACCGGACAUUCGGACAUCUUCGACAUCUUUCUGCGCAUCGCUGACAUUCUUACGCACUAUGCGUUUUCCAAUGUCGAUGGAUCCACGUUUGGCGAGGUGGCUGCCUCAAGCUUCGACAGCUACGUAGACGAGCUUAACAUGGCAGAUGUCAGGCAAAGUCGUGAGAAGACAAUCGAAGCACUUGUGCUCGGCGAGAGGAUGCGCUCUAUGAACUUGUAUACCGAGGGCUUUGUACAUGCGAUUGGCAAGUACGACGACGUUAAAGGACUGCAGUCGCCCAAGUGGGAAAUGGUCAGCCCAAAGACAGGUACCCGCAUGGCUCGAGCAGCGCUGGACUUGGACAAUCGCGAAGCCAACAUCAACCACAAGCUCAGCAAUUUCGAGUUUGCCGCUAUCUUCUCCGGUAUCAUGAACAGUGCUAUGGCCGACGAGGGAAAGACAAUCAGCUUCAAGAGAUGGAGGUCUGCUUUUAUGAGCACUCGAGGCUGGAUGAUGGAUUACUACAAGCACAAGUACGGCUCGUGGCUGCCAAAGGCGCGAAACAAGAAGAACAACCUAACAACCAACGGCCUGAAUCGACUGGUCUUGCGGGACAUGUACCGCGACGUGUCGAGUCUGUACGACCUGCUUGUCGACCGGACCAACCUGACGAACAGAACGGCCGACGGCUUCAUCGUAGAGGACGAAGGGAUGGGCUUCGUCGCUAUCAACGCCCGCGCCAUGCGCAAAGCGCUCAGCGAGUACGAUCGUAGCACGCCGCCCGUGCAGCCACCUAUACCAUUCGACCUGCCGAUGUACCCCACCCUACAUGGUCUGAGACCAGACUAUCCUACUGGAGACGAGAAGAAAGACGCGAAAGCGCGUGGCAAGAAGCUGAAGAGCGACGACAUCGCCAAGAUGCUGCAAAACGCCACUAACGCAGAUGCACGACAACUGACACCUUUCUUGGAGUCUUUCAUUGCAUUUGAGAAGAAGCAUGCUUCUGGUUCAACCAUGGAUGAGCUACGCGAACUCCGAAGCGGACAAUGGCUGUUCAUCUACGCGGUCAUUCAGUCGUUACCCAUGUUGGUAGUUGACGCUCCUGGAGUACGGUUCACCGAAGGAGUUGAGUACUUCCUGUGCGAGGUUCCACGCAGCGGCGUACCUUGGGUCCGUGAAGACACUACAAGAGCACGAACAUGGUUUGGUGUGCAAGGUGGCGCUCAAGUCGUCAGUUUGCCGACCGAUAUUGUCGAGCACGGCGUCGAGGGCGUCUUCCGACGUUCGCAUUGCUGGAAGAGGGCGCAAGAGUGGGCUGCCAACGACACUCUUCUCAACGCAGCUAUGCAGGAACUCAACGGGGCCGCUGCACCUCUGCCUCCGCCGCCUGGCAUGCUUGAUCCAUCUUCGGCUCAAUUGCGGCCCCGAUCUCAGAGCCCUCAAGACCAGAGCAAGCGCAACAGCGUCAUGAACCUUGGACUCGAGGCUUUACCUCUACCACCUGGCAUUGCACCACCUACCGCUUCCCCCGUCAACCGACCACAGUCAAGCAGUGACCCCAGUAGAACGUUCGAUGCCAUACUUGGAACACCACCGCCCAACCCCAAGGACAAGAAGAAAAAGAAAUGAUCGACUGAUUGACACGAAGUUUACGGUCAGAACAGUGAAAAGUGUUUGGCUCUGAUUUUCUUACGAUUUAUUGCAUCUGCUUGCAUCUACCACAUAUGUGGCACUGUUUUUAGACGUUCAGCGACAUCGCACGCGUGGGCUUCAUAAUACACGCAUCGACUCGGAUAGGAAAGCAUAAUACCAAAAUACAUGUUUAAUUUAGCAGCAUAGCAGCGGGUUUGGCAUAGCGACUUAAUGAAAUUCUGUUUCCACA